AUGAAGAACAAUUCGGAAGCAGCCACAUCAGUACCAGUAGCACUUGCCAAGCCGUUGCGAUGUAUCGCUCGCAUGACUUCGUUAGGUUACAGUCGUGUGAUGACCGCGUCAACACCAAACGAUACUGAUCUGUGUGAUCAGCACACACUUAUUCAACACUAUAAGCCAAAGACUGUUAAAAUUGAACCUCAUCCUAGCAGUCGCACCCGAAGACCGAUGAGUUCAGUGAUGAGCGGCGAAGUGUUGUUGCGAGCAUAUGCGGCAGCUAAUCGUUUUACGAACGAGACAAAUCCACUCGAAGGCCAAAAUAAUAAAUCUUCUUCACUUACGUGCACUGUUGAUGUUUCGAUAGCUGAUACUACUUUGAGCGGUUCAGAAGGAUCGUUGCUAAACACAGGCAUCAUAAAUCUGUCACAAGAACAACAUGAAAGCAAGGUUCAAUCGGCCGAGACAAUGUUGUUGAAACGAAUCACAGCAGCCGCUUCACAAAUUUUGAUACCUUCAUACACACACAGAAGUCCGAUCGCUAAUAAUGCUCCGACCACAUCCGUUGAAAUGUCAUCUGCAUCGCCGAAAUUCGCGGAUUCUGGAAGCAAUAGUAGCGUUGAUUCGGGUCAAGAAUCCGUCAAAAGAAGAUCGCAGAGUCGUUCCCCCCAAAAAACUUGGAUGAAUCCAUCACCAAACGUUUGUUACGUAAGGAACAGUCUUCCUAGCUACGCGAGAAUAGCAAGUAUGUUGGACCACGUUCUACGUACAAGUAGUGCAAUCAAUUCGCUAUUGAAUUUGGCAAACGAUUCUCAAUCGUCAAGGGAGUUAAUUGCUAAAACACGAAUAUUCAUUCAUGUUGUAGAAGCAUCACCAUGUCGUUGCAUAUUUGAAAUACAAGCAAGUGAUCAUUCAUUUUUCAUUGCAUCGAAUAUUGCCGUUAUGAAAGAACUUAUAACGAAUCUAAUUUCACAAUACGUAUCCAUGGAUCAUACCGUCACUGUUACGUCACAUUUCAUUGCUUCACUCAGAUGGUUUAUGGAAGACAUAUUGGCCAUAUUUGCCAGGAUAAUUUCACAUUUUUUGAAUGAGUGUGUAAAUAAAGAUCGACUAUUAGUGAUUGCGCUUGAGCACCUCAUUCAUUUGAUGCUAUUUGGCAAUGUCAUUUGCAUGGAAGUGGUUCAGACAGGUGGAAUUGAGGCAAUGAUAGCAUUUACUGUGAUGCCUGCAACGCCCAGCGAUACACUCAGACUUCUAUUGCGUGCACUGGCGAUUCUCUGUGGAAUCCCAGAUGGAGCGGCCAGAAUGCUCUCUCUGGAAGGACUCGAUACAGUGAUACAUAUUUUGUGUACAUGCUCGACUGCAUGUGCGGUAGAAGCAGCUGGUGUACUGACACAGCUGACGAAUCCAAAAAAUGCGUUAGCCAAACUUAGUGUCUCAUGCGCUCACAUCAUCGCCAGAUUACUUGAUGUGAUCGAUGAAUGCUCGACUGCUGAAAGUCUACUGCUGUCUAGUGCUGCGCUGGCAAAUGUUUCAAUGCAGCAACAAACGUUCACUGAUAAUCUCUAUCAACACAAUGCUGUAUUACGUCUCAUUGCUGCACUAAAACGACCUGGCUGCUCAACAAUUUUUGUGCAUGAACAGUUCAUAGUAAUAUUCUCUCGACUUGCCGCCAAAGGGUAUGAAGAAGCGCUGAUUGUGCAAGGUGCAAUUCCGAUACUUCUUUCAAUGCUGAAUCUCAGCGAUCCAUCCCAUGCCGAAUAUUGCCGUCGGAUUCGAUACAGAACUGCUGUAUGCUUGCAAAUGAUUGCCUCGAAAGGAAUUGGACUUAAGGCACUUUACAAAAAUAAUGGUUAG